UUCUAGAUUUACAUGGGUCAUAUUCUUACAUAGUAAAGAUGAAACUUUUGAUAUGUUUAUGACUUUCUUGAAAAAGGGCUUAAUUAGGCUAGAUUUUAUUUCUACUGAAUGACAAAUUGCUGAUAUAUUAACUAAGCCUUUAAGCAGAGACAAGGUAUAGUACCCCGUUUACAAAAACGGAGUACCGUAUCACUCUUGGAUGCCUCCCUCAUAUUCUGUCUUGCAUGCAAAAUACAGAUUAAUUUCCCUGCUCUAAUGAUUGAACACUUGAAUGUUUAUGCUCAAAAGACCACAAUUCCAUAUGGCUCUUUCCUUACUGUGUUGUUCAAAUCUUUUGGUAUUGAUGUUGAAUGUGAAUCCCCAACAUAUCUCAAACCCGAUAAUAUCCUCUCUGAACAAUCAUUACUUAGACUGAGUCUUAGGCUUACAAAUGGCAAAGUAUGUUUUGUGCCUCGGAAAGGAGGGGAGAAAAAGAAAGGGAAAGGGAAAGAAGCUAAGGAAGAAUGUGAUGCAAGCAGUGACCAGGGUAGUGAGGAGGCUAGUGAGGGUGCUACCACCUCCAGUGAUUCUGAGGGAGAUAAGGAAGAAGAAAAAAGUUCUAACGGAGAGAAAAACAAAGAAAAAAUACUUGAGGGAGAUGUGCAAGGAGAAAAACAGGAAGAUUCUGAGGGGGAACAUAUGGAAGUUUCUGAGGGGGAAGCUCGACAAUCUGACUUACAUGAGGGGCAGGGAACUGAUCAAAGUGAGAGGGAACAUACCACAGACUCUGAGAGCACAGCUGGACCACCUGUCAUUCCUGUGUUUACAGGGGGCCUUAGAAGGAGUAAGAGGAAUGUGGUCAAGCCUGCCCUUUCUACUACACACCCUGUGACUGUAGAAACCAUCAGCUCCUCAGACAAAUCUGAUUCCACCUUCAAACCUACCCAAGUUCCCUCUUCCACGGAACCCUCUUCUAUUCCUGUCUCACCUACUAGGCAGCCUUCUCAUUCACCUUCUCCUCCUCCAUUUCAGCCUACUGGCUUUGCUGCUUUCUCUGGAACUCGUGUGUCUGUUUAUGAUUUUCAACAGGUUCAAGCAGAUAUGGAGAAGUUGACUACUCUGGUGAGCAAGAAACUGGAGGAAAUGGCCUCGGAACUGCUUUCUCUUAAAGGCCAGGUGCAGGCUCUGGCAGAUUCUCAAGCAACCGGAUUUGCAGGCGUAGAGGCAAAACUUGCACAGGCUGAAGGCAAGUUUAGUGAAGGCAACAAGGAGAUCUUGGAAACUAUCAACAGAGUAGCCUUUGAGGAAGUCGAGGAAGACUCUAUUGAUCCCACAAAUCCAACCCUUGAUCCUACCAAUGCAGCCUUUUAA